AUGGAUUUGAUCCUACAUUACUGCCUUUGCCAAGUAUGUCUAAAUUCCAAAGUUCUGUUUUAUACAUAUUUAAGUAAAACUCCUCGGUUCCAUUCCGCCUACUCUUCCUUAGCAACAUCAACCAAAACAGCUACUCAACGUAUUUAUAAGGAAUUGAAAAUAAUUGUGCAUAAACAAGACACGCCAUCUAAUGAUUUGGGAUUUUUUGUGAAACUUGACAAGUUGCGCUCUGUUUACCAAUGGGUUGUGCAACUCACAGACUUUGACCCAAAUAUUCCUUUGGCUCAAGAUAUGGCAAGGCAUAAAGUUAAAAGCAUUGAUUUGGAAAUUCGCUUUGCACCUGAUUAUCCUAACUUACCUCCAUACAUUCGCGUAAUUCGUCCAAGACUUCUCCGAUUCAUGAAUGGUGGCGGUGGUCACGUUACAGCUGGAGGAUCAAUUUGUAUGGAUUUGUUGACUUUGGGCAAUUCUCAUGAUCAAGGAUGGUCUUCACAAUAUACGAUGGAAGCAGUUUUAAUACAGGUCAAACUAGCGUUAAGUACUUUAAACCCUCCUGCAAGGCUUGACCGUAAUUGGAAGAAUGAAUAUACCGCAGUUGAGGCAAUGAAUGCUUAUAUUAGAGUCGCAAAUCAACAUGGAUGGGGAAUUCCGCCUCAAUGGGAUACUUUGUUCAAACGCUAA